AUGAAGCAGCUGCCAGUCUUGAAGCCAGGAGACAAGCCCAGGAAAGCAACAUGGUACACGUUGACCCCCGCUGGAGACAGCCCAUGUGCUCGGGUUGGCCACAGCUGCUCGUAUCUACCCCCCGUUGGUGAUGCCAAGAGAGGGAAGGUCUUCAUUGUUGGGGGAGCAGAUCCAAACAGGAGCUUCUCAGAUGUGCACACCAUGGACCUGGAAACACACCAGUGGGACUCAACCACCUCGGAGGGCCUCUUGCCGCGGUAUGAGCAUGCCAGCUUCGUUCCCUCCUGCACACCUCACAGCAUCUGGGUGUUUGGAGGUGCCAACCAGUCAGGAAAUCGAAAUUGCCUACAAGUUCUGAAUCCUGAAACCGGGACUUGGACCAUGCCAGAGGCGACCACCCCCCUACCAUCCCCAAGAACAUUCCACACGUCCUCGGCAGCCAUUGGAGACCAGCUGUAUGUGUUUGGGGGCGGAGAGAGAGGCACCCAGCCCGUGCAGGAUGUGAAGCUUCAUGUGUUUGACGCAAACACUCUGACCUGGUCACAGCCAGAGACACUUGGAAAACCUCCAUCCCCCCGGCAUGGUCAUGUGAUGGUGGCAGCAGGGACCAAGCUCUUCAUCCAUGGAGGCUUGGCAGGGGACAGAUUCUAUGAUGAUCUUCACUGCAUCGAUAUAAGCAACAUGAAGUGGCAGAAACUAAAUCCCACGGGGGCAGCUCCCACGGGCUGUGCUGCCCACUCGGCUGUGGCUGUGGGGAAACACCUGUAUGUCUUCGGAGGGAUGACUCCCACAGGAGCGCUGGACACAAUGUACCAAUAUCACACAGAGAAGCAGCAUUGGACCUUACUUAAAUUUGAUACUUCUCUACCCCGUGGACGGUUGGACCAUUGCAUGUGUGUCAUUCCAUGGCCAGUGAAGUGCACUUCUGAGGAAGAUCCAGAUCCUGUCACUCUGAAUUGUGAUGCUGAGAAAGGGAACUCCACUGACAAAGGAGUGACUCAAGAUGGCGAUUCACAUGAGGACAGUCAGGCUGACUCACUGCUCUGUUUUGUGUUUGGUGGGAUGAAUACCGAAGGGGAAAUCUACGAUGACUGUAUUGUAACUGUAAUUGACUAA